UGAGAGACUCUGAAAUCGCAAUUGACAUGAAAAACCCUAAUUUCCCGAUUGGGGGAACAGAAUCGGAUCCCGAUUCCGGUAAACGGAAAAGAGGAGAGAUUGAUGAUAUACCGAAAAUCGAUAUCGGUGGCGAGAUUGCGAAAAUCGAUUCCUCCAUGGGCGAAGAGAAGGAAACGAGGGAGGUAAAGGCAUUCGAAGAUAGAUAUGAUAUAAUCUAUCCCUACCAAAGAAGGUUGAUGUUCGAAGACGAAGAUUUCAAUAUGAGAGAUUAUGUGUCAAGUGAUGAUGAUGAGAUGCUUGAGGGCAUGGAAAGAGUUCCUUACGACCGUAAGGUUGUUCUCGAAUACAUCUCUCAAGUCCGCGAUAGCUUUGGUUUUGAUGUGGAUGCGCGUAUCCCUUAUUGGAUGAGGCAAGGCAUCUUUUAUUUCAUCCCAAUUCGGUUGUCUCGUCCCGGCCCAGGCGAUCUUGAUUAUGUGAAUGAUGCAGCCAACAUUGCCAUUCGCGAAAUCAAUCUUGACUUGAAAAACGAAACUAGUUUUGAGCUUGUGGAAGUUGCUAAGGCUGUCAUCACGUACGCUCCAUUCGAUCUGCUGUUUUUGACUCUUGCUGUGAAAAAAGUUGAAGAAGCAAAAACAGAAACUAUUCGAGCAAUUGUGUAUCAUCCCGUAUGUCAACCUUGGGAACUCCAUCAGUGGAUGCUUGUCAAACCGGAUGCAACCCAGGCUUGAUUGUUUUGUCUAUGCUACUACUAUCUAUCUUGGUAUCCAUCCCUGUGUUUACUUAUACUAGAACAUGUUGUCAAAUUGAUAUGAUGUACUAGAACUUGUUUUAGGUUGCUUGGCUACUACUGUAAUAUGUUUUUAUCACUGA